CUCACUUUAGGUCAAUACUUGAAAGACAUUCCUCAUCAGAAGCUAUGCACAUCCUGAUUGUUUUCGCCAUUCCCGUCUUCAUGGCCUCCUUCGCCCGCAGCGCACCUCUGCCGGACGGCAGCGCACUUGUUGCGGAUCCAGAGAUCGUGAAGAUGAGCCGCAGCUUGAUACAAAAGAUCCUGCUCUCCAUUCCCGACGCACACGAGUCAUGCGUUUACACAGAGACGCUGAAGCUUAACUCCUCUGAUAAUGAAAAUCUUGGGGUGAUGGCAUCCAACAUUGGCAUCCCCUCGGCUCCUAUUCUCAAAACACUGUCAGAUAGCUUCACUUUGGAGACUGGUUUGAAACACAUGUCUGAGGGUCUUCAGCUGCACAGGGCCCUGCUGAGUUCUAUCUCUCCUCGCCUGGAGAAUAACAACAAAGUGACGGACCUACAGUCUGACAUUAGGGACCUUGCCAUUCAGAUCAAUAAGAUGCUGAAUAAGAUCACAGCUGAGACUAUGGUGUUGCCAUCACCAACCCCUGUGGCCUUACGUCUACCAGGGGAGUAUGAGGUCCAGGUGGCAGCACACCUGACUCUGGUGCAGCUCCAGUCCUUUGGGCAGGAUGUGGUCCGCCUCCUCAGGAGCCUGGACCAAGGCAGUGAGGAGGAGAUGGAGAGCUGACCUGUGGAUGCCACAAUCUGCCUGCUUUUGGCUUGUGUCAAAAACAUAGCUUAACCUGCCAUUUUUAUUAUGGCAUUUAUUUAUUUAUUUAUCUAUCUUUUAAAUAACUAUUUAUUUUAUAUUUAUUUAUUAAAUUGGACUAUGGAUUAUUUAAUUAGCUAAUUUAUUUUUGAUAAGUGUUUUUGUAAACCCUUAAGCCCUUCUUGUUUGAUUACAGCUGAGGCAAAUGACUGUAACAUAGACCUAUUUAUAUUUAAGUUGUAACCCUAACACUAGGAUUGUACUGUUUUACAUAGCAACAUUUAUUAUAUGAUACUAAAGCAAAAAGGGAGUGUAUAGGCAGCUUUUAUAGAGAAUUGUUGAGCUCUUGUAACUGUUUAAAGCAAGCAAAGAAUCAACCUUUAAGAUUUAUUUUUGGUUACUUGAGGCUUAUUAAUGACUGAUUAUACAUUCUGUUGAAUGCAAUUUAUUAUUUUUGUAUGAAUCUUAUUUUGAACACCACUGUUCCUGUUUUGACCAUGCAAUAAAAAACGUGACUGUUA